AUGGCAACAUCACCACCACUUGCAACAUCAGAAAAAAACACAUCACAGAAAUAUCAGUUGUGUCGUUACCAGAGACCUGUUACAACCCGUCAUUGCAGUCGACACAGCCGCUGCCACCGCCGCCAACGACACACUGCUGCCGCAAUGACACAGCCGCCGCCAACGACACAGCCGCUGCUGCUCAACGACACACAACGACACCACGCCAACGAGCUGCCAACACACAGCCGCUGCCUGCGCCAACGACACCAACGACACAGCCGCUGCUGCUGCUGCCGCCAACGACACAUGCUGCGCCGCCAACGACACAGCCGCCGCCAACGACAGGCCUACCAACGACACAGCCGCAACGCGCCAACGACACACACUGACACAGCCGCUGCGCAACGACACUGCUCAACGACACACCGCCACGACACAGCCGCUGCUACUGCCGCCGCCAACGACACAGCCGCCAACGACACAGCCGCCGCCAACGACACAGCCCGACAGCCGCCAACGACACAGCCGCCGCCAACGACACAGCCACCGCCAACGACACAACUGACACAGCCGCAACGACACAGCCGCCGCCAACGACACAGCCACCGCCAACGACACACGCCAACCACACAACGACACAGCCGCCAACGACACAGCGCUGCACUGCCGCCGCCAACGACACCACCGCCAACGACACAGCCGCCGCCAACGACACAGCCACGCCAACGACACAGCCGCUGCUGCUGCCAACCACACCAACGACACACUGCUGCUGCCGCGCCAACGACACAGCUGCCGCGCCAACGACACAGCCGCCGCCAACACACACACAACGACACAGCCGCUGCUGCUGCCGCCAACGACACCAACGACACAGCCACCGCCAACGACACACUGCCGUCAACUACACAGCCGCCGCCAACGACACAGCCGCUGCUGCUGCCGCCAACGACACAGCCACCGCCAACGACACAGCCGCUGCUGCUGCUAACGACACCAACGACACAGCCGCUGCUGCUGCUGCAACGACACACACGCCACCACCAACGACACAGCCGCCAACGACACACUGCUGCUGCCGCCAACGACACCAACGACACAGCCGCCGCCAACGACACCAACGACACAGCCGCCGCCAACGACACAGCCGCUGCUGCCGCCGUUACAACCCGUCAUUGCAGUCGCAGCAACCGCUGCCGACACUGCCGCCGCCAACGACACAGCUGCUGCUGCCGCCGCCAACGACACAGCUGCUGCUGCCGCCGCCAACGACACAGCCGCCGCCGACACGCCGCUGCCGACACAGCCAACCACUACAAAAUUAAUUUCGCAGCAACCGCUGCCGACACUGCCGCCAACGACACAGCCGCCGCUGCUGCUGCCGCCAACGACACAGCCGCCGCUGCUGCCGCCAACGACACCAACGACACAGCCGCUGUCGCCGCUGCCACCGCCAACGACACAGCCGUUGCUGCUGCCGCCAACGACACAGCUGCCGCCGCCGCCAACCACAGCCGACAUAACCGCUGCCGCCGACACGCCGCCAACGACACAACCGCCACCGCCGACACAGCCGUCGCUGCUGAGCGCAACCAUUAG